AUGGCUAGCACUCGGGAUUCCCAUUCAUUCGCUUGCGAUGAAUGCCGCCUUCGGAAGUCGCGGUGCUCUAAAGAGCGCCCGACGUGCGUGCAAUGCCGGCAGUUGAACAAGGAAUGCAAGUACAGUCCGAAAGUGUCAAGAAGUCCUCUCACACGACAACACUUGACAUAUGUUGAAGAUCGUCUGUCAUCAUUUGAAACUGCUUUAAGCAGGCUUUUUCCUGGGGGUGAUCUGGAUGCGACUCUUCGUUCUCUUUUGUCAAACCAACCAGCUCCACCACAAGCUCCUUCAUCCCAGACUUCUUCCAGACAUUCGACUCCUGCUAGACUCGAAUCGGAGCGAACCGAACCUGCCCCAGAAGCUCUACCGCAGCAGGCUGAUGGGUUCGACUGGGCCGAGAAGGAAUUGACUCUUGGUGACUUAACAGAUGGCAUGGCCGCCUUAUCGAUCAAACCCGAAGGGGCUGGCUAUUUUGGGGCUUCGUCCAGUGUUGUGCCGCUCAGAGCACUGUUCGAUCACGGAUUUGACUUGAAUAUUCCAGUCCGCUCCGCAAGCUCAGGUGGAGUGCCUCUCAAAGCACAGCUUCUUGAGAGCGCGCCAUCUGGCUUGAUUGAGCAAGCUUUCAUUGAUGCAUACUUCCUCAACUAUCACUCCAGCUACCCGUUUGUUCACGAACCUACCUUCCGGGCCCAAUUCAAUGACCCAUCUCUGCGUCCUCAUGGCACAGCGUGGCAGAUCUUGCUUAAUACUAUCUUAGCGCUUGGUGCUUGGAGUAUUGGUGACGACAGCUCAGAUCUUGAUAUUACAUUCUAUCAAGAAGCCAGAACGUGCCUGCAACAGGCAUCUGUAUUCGAGACUGGUAACCUAACACUGGUCCAGGCGUUGCUAUUGCUAAGCAACUAUGCUCAAAAACGGAACAAGCCCAAUACUGGUUGGAACUACCUUGGACUUGCUGUUCGGAUGGCCAUGAGCCUAGGUCUUCACAAGGAGUUCCACGGCUGGAAGAUCAGUCUCCUCCAGAGGGAAAUUCGACGCCGCUUAUGGUGGGGAGUCUUCAUCUUCGACAGCGGCGCCGCCAAAACCUUUGGCCGACCAAUUCUGCUUCCGGAUGAAAGAGUGAUGGACGCCAAGCAAGUUCUUAACAUUCAAGACGACGCUCUGACACCAGCAACAACUUCACUCCCUUCUGAAUCACUCGGUCCGACCCUCUACUCCGGCUUGAUAGCACAAUCACGAUUCCAUCUCAUCACAAACAGCGUCUAUCAGCGUCUCAUCUCUACCCCUAGCAUCACGCCCGAAGAAACCCUAAAUCUCCAGAAACCCAUGGAAGAAUGGUACAACGGGCUACCUUCAUACUUCCAUUAUCCUCUACAGCCCCUUCCUAUGCACCCUUCACAUCCAGAUGCCGACAAUCUCGCACUCGUUCGCAACCGCAUGCUCUGGCGGAAUUGGAACUUGAUUAUUCUCAUCUACCGCCCAAUUCUGCUCCGUUGGGCAGCCCGGCGCUGGGCACCCCACAGUGGCAGCCCCGAUGGAUCAUCAGUAUCCUCAGAGGGAGGAGUCGAAGAUCCGUGCGAGACAGAGUGCCGAGUGCGCUGUCUACAGAAUGCGCGACUGACCAUUGCCUCCAUUUCAGAAUACAUGGACAGUCAUGUCUGCACGAGGCUGGGAGCGUGGUAUAUGCUAUAUUUCCUUUUCCAAGCCGGUCUAAUCCCCAUCGUCUUCCUCACGACUGACUCCUCAAACCCCGACGCUCCAAGCUGGCUACAGGACAUCGAAACCACCAAAGCCCUUCUGAACCACCCAUCAUUCGGCACCAAUCGGUUCGCCGCUCGGUGCUCGGAAGUAAUCAACCGACUGCUAGGCUCUCCAUCUGGAAUGAUGAGUGACAGCAGCAAGGCUUCAUGCCAUUCCCGGAGCAGCUUUUCAACCCCCCCCGGCUUCGGGGCCAACCUAUUCCCGAUCGAGCAGCAGAUGCCUACACCAGGAGGCAUGGACUUUUCAGAGUGGGUGAACUUCCCGAAUCAAUAG